AAUCGACAUUGACAUCACCAUUGCUAUAUAGCUAUUACAGCCAAUAUAUAUAUAUAUAUAGGUAUAUACUAUAAUACUAUACUACAAUGUCGUCAUCCCCCUCCGCAAUCCAGGCUCUCGUCCGCUGGGCGAGCCUCAAGAAGUACCGUAUCGAAGUCACCUAUGGCGUGUACGUCUAUACGCCCGUAGAAAAAGCCGUCUUCUGGACCAUCUUCUGCUUCUUAUUCACCACCCUCUCCUUCGCCGCUAUCCUCUACACCGAGCGGAAUGUUCUCCUGUUACUUCGAUACGCCUCCAUUUACGUUAGCGGCGAAGGCGGCGUUAUCAACGUGAUCUCAAACUUAUUCCCCAGGAGCAACGCUCCAUUCACGAUAGUGGGUUCCGGCAUGACGUCGGUGGCCGAGACUAUGAGCACUGCUGCCAACUCGCAGAUCCCAUAACCGCCCCGGGAGACAAGAGGGCCCGUCUAUCCCGCUGAAGGGAAGGCGGCGAGCAGAGACGAACUGGAUCGCUAUCCCAUAUGGAAAGGGAUGGAAUUCUCGGGAAGUUAGAUACAACCAGAUCUGACAUCACUUCCGCCACUGCGCAACGCACAUAACUGCCAAACUCCCCGCAACGAACUUGACGGUGCCCCGAUUUGAGUAGCACAAGGCCCCUCACAAUACAACCACUAUUCCGUCGCAGAACGGGAUCGUGAAGGACUUUGCCGAAAACAAGCUGCGACGCAACGAUACAUCACCUACCAA